UUCCGCAGGGACCGUUCCCUCCAGGGCACCCUGGACCACUCUUCCAUCACUCCCAACAUCCACCUCCACCACCAAACUCCCACCACCCCACAGCCCCAUGGCAACUAUCUGCAACCAUCAAAGGUCUGACACCUGCCCAUUUACCUUCUCCCUCCCCAAUAUCCAAGGGCCCAAACAUACUUUCAUGAUGAGGCAGCACCUCACCUACGCUUCAUACAGUCUUGUCUACUACAAUCCAAAGAUGUGCAGGUUAGGUGAAUUGGCCAUGCCAAAUUGCCCAGGGUGUCCAGAGAUAUCUGGGCUAUGUGGCUUAGCUGUGGGAAACGGCGGGUUAUGGGGAUAAGGUAGGGGUCUGGGUGAUGUUCUUUGGUGGGUCGGGGUAGACUUGAUGGACUGAAUGGCAUCUUUCUGCAUUGCCGGGAUGCUAUGAUUCUAUCAUCAAAUCAAACUGGCUAUCAUCAUAUCCAAGGAGUUUGGGUGGGAUAUUCUUCAGAGGGUCAGGGCAGACAUAAUGUGCCGAAUGGCCUAUUUCUGUACUACAGGCAUUCUCCCCAAUAUCUAUCAUCCCAUCAAACUGGCUAUCAAUGUAUCCCAGUUACAACAUGAACAGAUUCCUUUGUUAAUUCAUCAUGAGUAAGGGGGUUGACCAGUGAGGAGCCCAGCACUCGAGGAGUUAACCAUUUUUUUUGCUGAAUCAUCUGAGAGAGGCGGUAACAAGGUUGUGGGCGGCGUACAGCCCAAUAAAUAGGAGGCUCCGGCAAUGCGCUAGCUCAGAAUUCAGGUUGUAUUCUUGCUUCAACAGUGUUUGGACGGAAUAGAACCCAAAGGUUCCUCCUCGCCAAUUCCACUUUUUCAGGAAAUUUUUUUUAACACUUUUUGUUUUAAACCCCUUUGGACAACCACAGCAAGAUCAGAGAAUGGCUUCCCAGGUCCGCCAGAAUUACCACCAGGAUUGCGAAGCGGCUAUCAACCGCCAGAUUAACAUGGAACUCUAUGCUUCCUAUGUCUACAUGUCAAUGAAUGCCUUCUUUGACCGGGAUGAUGUUGCCCUGAAACACGUUGCUAAUUUUUUCCAGCAUCAGUCCCAUGAGGAGCGGGAACAUGCAGAGAAGCUGAUGAAGUUUCAAAACCAACGAGGGGGCCGUGUGAUUCUUCAGGAUGUUGCGAAACCUGAUCGUGAUGAAUGGAGCAAUACCCUGGAAGCAAUGAGGUGUGCCCUUCACCUGGAGAAAACAGUGAACCAGUCUCUGCUAGAACUGCACAAACUGGCCUCUGACAAGGUUGACCCUCAUAUGUGUGACUUCCUGGAAACUCACUACUUGGAUGAACAAGUCCAGGCUAUCAAGAAGCUUGGGGAUUUCAUCACUAACCUGGUACGGAUGGGAGCUCCCCAGAAUGGCAUGGCUGAGUACCUGUUUGACAAGCAUACCCUGGGAGAAAGCAGCUAAAAGAUCUACUGAUUUUAAAACCACUGUGCCUCAAAUUCUAGCACCUCUAUCAAUGUGUUUGUAUUUUUUUAAACAAGUGAAUGUUUGUCUACUUUUUAAAUGGAGUAAGGUUUUUGGUACUAUCUUUUUUGUGGGUUAUUAACUCUGAACUCCCUUGUUUUAUAAAUGGCAAGGUGAAGAGAUUGAGAUGCUGGGUAGGGGAAUAAACUUGCAGUGACACAUUCUAUCAAGUGAACAAAUUGUGAAACUGUAUAUGGCACAGCUGCUGAUCACUUAAAUAAAGGUUGUCAAGUGUUAAAA